GCGCCGGUCGUCUCCUCCGCAGCUUCCGGCACGGCCUUCAAGCGAGGGACGCGACAGUCAUGGACCGCAACCCCUCGCCGCCGCCGCCGGGUCGCGACGAGGAGGAGGAGGAGGUGGCCGGUGGAGACUGCAUAGGGAGCACGGUCUACAGCAAACACUGGCUCUUCGGCGUCCUCAGCGGACUCAUCCAGAUUGUUAGCCCUGAAAACACCAAAUCUAGCUCAGAUGAUGAGGAGCAGCAGAUGGAGCUUGAUGAAGAAAUGGAGAAUGAAAUUUGCAGAGUAUGGGAUAUGUCAAUGGAUGAGGACGUGGCUUUAUUUCUCCAAGAAUUUAAUGCUCCUGAUAUAUUCAUGGGAGUACUGGCCAGGUCCAAGUGUCCUCGAUUAAGAGAAAUCUGUGUGGGAAUUUUAGGUAAUAUGGCCUGUUUCCAGGAGAUAUGUGUGUCCAUCAGCAGUGAUAAAAAUCUUGGGCAGGUGUUACUGCACUGUUUGUAUGAUUCAGACCCACCUACUCUGCUGGAAACAAGCAGGUUGUUGCUUACUUGCCUUUCCCAGGCAGAAGUGGCCAGUGUUUGGGUUGAAAGGAUCCGGGAACAUCCAGCUAUUUAUGAUAGCAUUUGCUUCAUUAUGUCAAGUUCAACAAAUGUUGACUUGCUGGUGAAGGUGGGGGAGGUUGUGGACAAGCUCUUUGAUUUGGAUGAGAAACUAAUGUUAGAAUGGGUCAGAAAUGGGGCUACUCAGCCUCUGGACCAACCCCAGGAAGAGUCUGAAGAGCAGCCAGUGUUUCGGCUUGUGCCCUGUAUACUUGAAGCUGCCAAACAAGUACGUUCUGAAAAUCCAGAAUGGCUUGAUGUUUACAUGCAUAUUUUACAACUGCUUACCACAGUGGAUGAUGGAAUUCAAGCAAUUGUACAUUGUCCUGACACUGGAAAAGACAUUUGGAAUUUACUUUUUGACCUGGUCUGCCAUGAAUUCUGCCAGUCUGAUGAUCCACCCAUCAUUCUUCAAGAACAGAAAACAGUGGUAGCCUCUGUUUUUUCAGUGUUGUCUGCCAUCUAUGCCUCACAGACUGAGCAAGAGUAUCUAAAGAUAGAAAAAGUAGAUCUUCCUCUAAUUGACAGCCUCAUUCGGGUCUUACAAAAUAUGGAACAGUGUCAGAAAAAACCAGAGAACUCGGCAGAGGCUAACACAGAAGAAACUAAAAAGACUGAUUUAACCCAAGAUGAUUUCCACUUGAAAAUCUUAAAGGAUAUUUUAUGUGAAUUUCUUUCUAAUAUUUUUCAGGCAUUAACAAAGGAGACGGUGGCUCAGGGAGUAAAGGAAGGCCAGUUGAGCAAACAGAAGUGUUCCUCUGCAUUUCAAAACCUUCUUCCUUUCUAUAGCCCUGUGGUGGAAGAUUUUAUUAAAAUCCUACGCGAAGUUGAUAAGGCGCUUGCUGAUGACUUGGAAAAAAACUUCCCAAGUUUGAAGGUUCAGACUUAAAACCUGAAUUGGAAUUACUUCUGUACAAGAAAUAGACUUUAUUUUUCUCACUGACAGUUGAAAUUGACUUAUUGGAAAUAUUAACUAAAGCCCAUAUUAGACCAUAAUUGUCUGGUGUUAACAUUUUUCUGUCUUAGACUUGUCUCACUUUUUUUGACUUUGGAAUCUGGGGUUUCACCACUGUCACCCCUCUUUUUAUGUGAUAUUUAUCAUCCUCAGUUGAGGAAAGCAAAAAUGUAAGCUUAUCAUUGAGGUUCUUUUUAGGAUAUGUGCGAGAUCAGUGUUGAUUUUCUUCAUAGCUGUUAAUUUUGUUUGUUUGUUUGUUUGUUUUGAGACGGAGUCUCACUCUGUCGCCCAGGCUGGAGUGCAGUGGUGCGAUCUCAGCUCACUGCAAGCUCCGCCUCCUGGGUUUAUGCCAUUCUCCUGCCUCAGCCUCCUGAGUAACUGGGACCACAGGUGCCCGCCACCACGCCUGGCUAAUUUUUUGUAUUUUUAGUAGAGACGGGGUUUCACUGUGUUAGCCAGGAUGGUCUCGAUCUGACCUCGUGAUCCGCCCGCCUUGGCCUCCCAAAGUGCUGGGAUUACAGGCGUGAGCCACUGCGCCCAGCCUAAUUUGAUUUUUUUAAGUGAGAAUUACGUCUUUGUAUCCACUGUAAGUGUAUUCAGCUGCAGUAACAGAAACCCUCCUGUAGCAGCUGAAUCUGAUCUCUUUCAGGAACCUUAUGCAAUAAGUCCAGAUGUAAUGAGGUGGCUCCUUUCACCCUUCACGUGGUCUGCCAGGUAGACCUUUGCGUUCAUGUUUAUUGCCUUGUGGUUAAGGGGGCUGUGCCAUCUCUGGGCCUUUAUCCACAUUCAGGAAGGAAAAGGGAGAAAGAGAAGGGGCUUUUUCCUACCAAGUCUUUGCAUGUGUUUGGCUGGGUGGGAGGGGGCUUUUUAAUAGAUUUUUAAGAAAAUAUCUGUUAUGAAUAACAAAGCCAGCUUUCUAAACCUCACUUUUGGUAUAGCCCCUUCCCAAUUUAUAUCAGUUUUUUGGCUUUAAAGCACUGGUCUUGCCUCAUACUUUGUUUUCUUUCCUUGAGAGAUUUUUGGUGAUAAAACCAGAUUUUUGGUGAUAAAAACAAUAAUCUUAUUGGUAAGAGAUAAUACGAUUUCCAGUUUAGAGGUAGGUUUAUGGUUGGAAGUGUCACUGCUGAAAAGAACUGGAACAUAAAAGUAAAAUCUUACAGGUGAAAUCUCAUUGGUAGGGUUAUAUAUACUACACUGUAUGUAUAUUCGCAUGUCCUCAGUGCUGACCUUAUUGGUAGGCUGAAUUGACUAUAUUCAGUAUGAGAUUUCAAAGGCACUGAAAUCACUCCUACCUGCUAGCUGACACGAAAAUUCCACUUUUGGUUUUUUUUUGUUUAAGUUUAAGCUUAAGAUGCAAACACUGAUUAAGAAUAAUACUUGAGGUUAUUAGUUAUGUUUACCUCAGUGCAUAUGAAUUUCACGUUUUUUCUGAGAGCAUGUUGUUUGUUGUUGUUUUUUUGUUUGUUUGUUUUUAACUUUUUUUCUUUUUUUUUGAGACGGAGUCUUGCUCUAUCGCCCAGGCUGGAGUGCAGUGGCGGGAUGUCGGCUCACUGCAAGCUCCGCCUCCCGGGUUCACACCAUUCUCCUGCCUCAGCCUCCCGAGUAGCUGGGACUACAGGCACCAGCCACCACGCCCAGCUAAUUUUUUAAAUAUUUUUAGUAGAGAUGGGGUUUCACCGUGUUAGCCAGGAUGGUCUCAACCUGACUUCGUGAUCCGCCAGCCUCGGCCUCCCAAAGUGCUGGGAUUACAGGCGUGAGCCACCACGCCCAGCCUUCUGAGAGCAUGUUUUAAAACGGGAAGCACAAGGACCUUAUGUACCUGAAGGAGUGUUCCACAAAAAUGGCAAAUUACAGAGGGAGGAGGAGAAAGGAUAGUAGUGGGAAGGCAAGGAGUGUCCAAUUUAUUUUCUGCUCACAUUUCUGUCUUGGACCUACACUGUUUACUUUGUUACUUCUUUAUUGUUAGCAUUAUGAGUCUUGGUACAUAUUUUCAUAGUACUUUGGUAUAUUUGAAAACAUCCUAUAUCUAUAAAUUAUGAUACUUUUAAGUGACCAAUGUUAAAGCAUUUUUAAUGCUGCAUGUUCUGAAGAAUUCACUCACAAGAUUUAGUGCUUGAAUCAGUUGCAGUGAUAUUUUGAAAUGGUGCUUUCUCCAGAACCAUAAAUAUGAAAUUUUAUAUACAAAUGAAAUUAUAUACACAAAUGAAAUGGAAACUCAUUUUUUUCCCUAUACUGUUUGGCAGGGAAGAGGAAAAAUGCAAAAUGAGCUUGAGUUAGCAUUUGUUAUAUUGAGUUUGAUAUUUUAAGUACCUAAACCACUAAGAAAGAAGGCAUGGUUUCCUUCCACUGUUUUGUUUUGUUUUUUUUUUUUUUAAGAUAUUUUAUCCCCUACAGCAAAUGGGAUAUAGCUAAACUGUUGUUUUCUUGGUGGGUUCAUCUUUCCAGAUCAAGAGUUUCCCCACUCUAUCUUUAAUAUUUUCUAUUGCUUUGCUUUGAAUUAGUUACUGAAUAAUUUUGGUAUGUAAGUGGGAAAAAGUUUAAGAGCCACCUCUCAGCCUGAUAUACUUUUUUUUGGUGAAGCAGAUGUAGAAACCGACUAUAAGCAUUAAAAAACAACCUCUGUUAGGGGUUCAGAAAAUCUUAAGUAUAUGAAAUAUUGAACACCAUUAUCUGUUCUUCUGGACUGGGCAAUAAUGAUGCUGUGUGUGAGCUAGCUGUGAAGCUGAUAAUCUGUAACUCUAGUAUUCUGUUUCUUCAACUAAUAUUCUUUUUUAAUUAAUAUUCUUUAUGACCUAAUCAAUAGCCUUUUUAAAAAAGAAGAAAUAGGUCCAUAUUAAUUUAGGACUGAAUUAUUUAUUCUACUUGAGCAUGUGUUCUCUUUUACCACUUUGGAACUUCAGUUUCCUCCAUGCUCCUGUCAGAAGUUUUAAGAAAGGGAAAAUAGGCAAAUGCCCCUCUUAACCAUACCAUAUUUUUCUUUCCUAUUUUUUUUUUGGAGAUACGGGUCUCACUAUAUUCUUGCUAAGACUGGUUUCAAACUCCUGAGCUGAAGCAAUCCUCCAGCCUCAGCAUCCUGAAUAGAAUAUGUUUUCUUUUUGUUGCUGGUUUGAGAUCCAAGAACCAUUAUUAAAAGUUAUAUAUUUAUAGUGAAA